UACUGCUUCUAACAUAACAGAGCAACGGUGCUUAGAGGGAAAAAAGCUGGUGGGAGAAUUCUUAGCCUCCCCGUCUGUUUCAUGGCUGCACGAAGGGGCUUCUGAAAAGACAAGCAUGGGAGGAACUGAAUGCCCCUUUUUCUUCUGGGGACUUCUAGCCUUCUUGGCCACAGCUCUGAUCAUGUCCUUGAUCUUCAAUAUUUCCCACUGUGUAGAGAAGCAGCGACGAGUUAAAAUGUACAGAUACUCCGAAGACUACAUUCCAAGAGUUGAUGAAUAUUAUGUUGAAGAUACUCCAAUUUAUGGUAACUUAGAUAAUAUUAUCCCAGAACCAGUGGAGGAAUGCUGCUAUGAACAGAUGAAAGCUCGACCACAAAGAUCUGCAAGUGAUUCACAUGAAGUGGCUGCAUCUGAACAGGUACCUGCCGAAACUCAGUUGUGCUACGCCUCACUGGAUCACAGCGUCAAGGGGAAACAUAGAAAGCCCAGGAAGCAGAAUGCUAAUUUCUCGGACCGGGGAAAGGAUGCAGUGGAUGCCAACAUUUCUCAGAUCAAUUUGGUAGAAAGUUUCCCGCCAGAUAACCAGGCAGUAGACGAAAGCAUUCACGAUGAUCCUGCUCGGCUGUUUGGAUUGAUCCGUGCCAAGAGAGAGCCUGUCAUCUAGCUGGACUGUGAUCCAGCUCAGUAUUAACGCCCUAUCAGAGAUGGCGAGGGAAACAAGAUCCUCAUGUGGCACGCUAGGACUGGUAGGAUGACAGUCUGCACAUUUGUCUGUGGGAUGGUAGCUUCCUUUUUUUCAGAGAUUGCCUCUCACACACUAAAUCUAAUGCCGUUAAAAUUAGAUAUAUGAGUUCAGUUAAGAAAAUCUCCAAGUAAGAAAAGUAAAAUAAUAAAAUCCAGUUUGUAAGUUAAAUUACUUGAUAACAAAGUCAGAAUGUACAGUAACACCUAAUGAGAACAAUUUAAAAAAUUUAAGUACGUGUGUGAUCUAGGACAUGUUGAAUGAAAGUAAAAGCCAACAUCUUUAAAAAAUUUAAUCAGUCAUUUCCUCUUUCAUCAACAUGAGUAAAUAGUUAGAAGAAAGUUCUGAUUGAAAGUAUAUUGCCAAGCAAACUAGGAUAAUCUUGAGAACUUUUCCAAA